AUGAGAUCAUAUUCUAGACUCGCUUUACAACUCAUAACCAACCUCAGCAAUCCCGAAAUCAUCAAUCUCCUCGGCACCUCCCCUCUCAGUGAAAUGGUCACCCUAGAGAUCAUCUGGGGUGAAAAUAGACUCCGCAAUUUCGACCUCCGGGACUUCGAUAACGCGAUUAUUGCAGAGGGGCAGUACAUCGCCAAGUGCAUCUCGGAUACAUGCUUCAGCGUCAUGGAUUUCCUGGACAUCCUGUACGAGGAAGAGGAGGAGGAACGCGUGGCAGAAUGGAACCGCCUAGUCCGCUACGUCCGACAGGCCAAGAUCCUCGCGCAAGAGCUGGUUAGUCUUCCCGCUGCCAACUUCCCUCCAGCCCCCCGGGUAUUGCCAGUAUCCAGGUUCCCCAGAUUAUUGACAUUCAUCGCCAAGGUCCCUCGAUGCUCGCCGUCGAAUGAUGCACUGGGACUCAGAUGCUGCAGGCCGCGGGCGUAUCUCCCUCCGGAUACCGAACGAUAA